AGGGGAGGAGCGGGUGGCGCGGGGCGGGCCGGCCCGGGACGCGGGGACCGGGGUUCUGGGAGCCCUGCGGGCCGCAAACGCAGCCGCCGCGCUGGGGCCUCCGAGAUUGCGUGCCCGGCAUGAGCCUCACCCGGAAAAAGGGCUUCUACAAGCAAGAAGUCAACAAGACCGCCUGGGAGCUGCCCAAGACCUACGUGUCCCCGACGCACGUCGGCAGCGGGGCCUAUGGCGCCGUGUGCUCUGCCAUCGACAAGCGGUCAGGGGAGAAGGUGGCCAUCAAGAAGCUGAGCCGGCCCUUCCAGUCUGAGAUCUUCGCCAAGCGGGCCUAUCGGGAGCUGCUGCUGCUGAAGCACAUGCAGCAUGAGAAUGUCAUUGGACUCCUGGAUGUAUUUACUCCAGCCUCCUCUCUGCGCAACUUCCAUGACUUCUACCUGGUGAUGCCCUUCAUGCAGACGGACCUGCAGAAGAUCAUGGGGAUGGAAUUCAGUGAGGACAAGAUCCAGUACCUCGUGUACCAGAUGCUCAAAGGCCUCAAAUACAUCCACUCAGCUGGGGUCGUCCACAGGGACCUGAAGCCGGGCAACCUGGCUGUGAACGAGGACUGUGAACUGAAGGUGAGUGGACCACAGCAGGCUCAGUCUGGGGGCGGGCGGCUCUCCACCACAGAACCCCUCCAGGCUGCUCCAGAAGCCUCUUCUCUCAGCAAGCUCCUUCUCCCUAUGUCCCCUGAGCCACAGAUCCUGGAUUUUGGGCUGGCACGGCAUGCGGAUGCCGAGAUGACUGGCUAUGUGGUGACCCGCUGGUACCGGGCCCCCGAGGUGAUCCUCAGCUGGAUGCACUACAACCAGACAGUGGACAUCUGGUCUGUUGGCUGUAUCAUGGCAGAGAUGCUGACGGGGAAAACUCUGUUCAAGGGGAAAGAUUACCUGGACCAGCUGACUCAGAUUCUUAAAGUGACUGGGGUGCCGGGUGCAGAGUUUGUGCAGAAGCUGAAUGACAAAGCGGCCAAAGCCUACAUCCAGUCCCUGCCACAGAGUCCUAAGAAAGAUUUCACUCAGCUCUUCCCAAAGGCCAGCCCCCAGGCCACAGACUUGCUGGAGAAGAUACUGGAGCUGGAUGUGGACAAGCGCCUGACAGCCUCACAGGCCCUCACCCACCCCUUCUUCGAGCCCUUCUGGGACCCAGAGGAGGAGACAGAGGCCCAGCAGCCAUUUGUUGAUCCCUUAGAACACCAGAAACUCACAGUGGAUGAAUGGAAGCAGCACAUCUACAAGGAGAUUGUGAACUUCAGCCCCGUUGCCCGGAAGGACUCGCGGCGCCGGAGUGGCAUGAAGCUGCAGUGACUUGUCCAGCCCAGCUCCCACUGAGCCCAGGAGCGGUCACAUGGCACCACUGGCCAGACACUGCCCAAGGACCAAUAUUUAUUGGUCACUAUCGAAGUCUCAAUCCUUCUCCAAAUAUAGCCUUUCAAGCAGAGGACAGAAGGGCCCUUCUUGUGUAGUAAACGGGCCUGGUAGAUGCAGAAUUCAAAGAUGUUGGUUGGGAGACAAUAGCACUGAUCAUAUGGGCCUUAUUAAAACACCCAUCUGAAGAGUCACCUAAGUGUGGGGGCUCCUUUCCUUUCUGGCUGUGGUGGGGCUCUGAGGGGUGCUGAGUGGGGCCAGGGGUCUAUGGCAGUGAUGGCAUGUUAGUUUCCUCGGGCUGCUGUAACAAAGUACCACAAACUCGGUGGCUUAAAACCCCAGCAGUUUAUUCUCUCACAGUUCUGAAGGCCAGAGCCUGAGAUCAAGUUGCUGGCGGGGCCAUGCUCCUUUUGAAGGCUUUUGGGGAGACUCCUUCCUUAUCUCUUCAUAGCUUUGGGUGGUUUUCCUGGCAUGUUGCUGCAUCACUCCCAUCUCUGCUUGUGUAUUCACGUGGCCGCCUUCUCUGAGCGUAUCUGUCCUUUCCUCUAGAAGAGCACCAGUCACUGGAUUCAGGGCUCAUCCUGACCUGGUGUGACCUCCCACACAUUCUUCACUAAUUACAUCUGCAGAGAUUCUAUUUCCAAAUAAAGUCACAUUCUCAGGUUCCAGGUGGGCAUGAAUUUUCAGGGGACACUAACCCACUACAGAUGGCAGUGAGGGCGGCCCCAUCCUGGGCCCUGUGCUCAGGCCCUGUGGGCUGUUAUGGAGCCAAAUGUGUUUGGCUGCUAAAUUAAGGGAGUUGCAGAGAGAGCUGCAGCUGGUGAGACAUUGUGCUCAGGUUAUUUUGGGUGAGUGAUAAGCAAUCAAGAUAGGAAGCGACAGCAGGCUUGUGGACGAGGCGCUGCAGGAGGCAGAAAUGGGCUUGUUCCUGGCUUUAUGGCAAACUGUUCUGCUCCUUUUCGGGAGAUAGCACAGCUUUCCAGAGCUUUAACCUGACAAUGGCGACUAUCCUUCUGUCUGGGUUUGAAAACCUUUGGCAGAAUAAAUUUCCAUUUGCAAAAGCAGCCAGGGAUAUAGUGACCUGUGUACCAGGGGACUUAUUAAAAUUAGACUCCUGGGCCCCACCCUGGGGAUUCCUACUCAGCAGGUCUAAAGUAGAGACCCUAGAAUGUGCAUUUGAAUGAGCGCCUCUUGUCUUGACCCAAGCCUGCGCACAUCCGACGGUUUUUUGAGGCAUUUAGCUGAUUUCGGUACCACUUAAUUUGUCAGGAGGCCUAAAUCAGAACCUACAGUGGGAGAAUGAGGGGCUUCAGGUGAGAUUCACAUUCAUUUUACAGAUGUUAAAACGUAGGCUCACAGGGUGUUUUUAAGGCACUGAAACUCUUCUCUAUGAUACUGUGAUGGUGGAUACAGGACUUUGCUUUUUUUUUUUUUGCAGUUUUUGGCCGGGGCUGGGGCCACCUCCAGCAUAUGGGUUCAGUGCCCUACUCCUUUGAGCCACAGGUGCCACCAGGACUUUGCAUUUGUUAACAUCUGUAGAGUAGUACGACACAAAAAGUGAACCCUCAAGUAAGCGAUGGACUUUAGUUAGUAAUAACGUAUCAGCAUUGGUUCAUCAGUGGUGAUAAAUGUACCACUAACGCAGAUGUUAGUCAUAGGGGAAGAGUGGGAUAUAGGGACCCCGCUGUAUUCUCUGCAAACCUAAACCUGCUCCAAAAAACAAUGACGGCAAAUCCCCUGAGACCCCAAGAGACUCACUGAGAUACCCACAGCUAGGAAGUAAUGGAGUCAGGAAUUGAACCUGGGCAGGCUUGACCACUCUGCCAAAGGCUCUUAACCCAAACUUAGAUUCGAGAGCGGCCCAGCCUUUUCUCUCUUCUUGCCUGUCUCUCUGAGCUCCUUUACUCCUUCCUGCCUGUGUCUAUGGACUCUGUUUUCUGUCCCACAGAGGGGCCCUACUCCUAAAGAGUAGGGGAGUCCUUGACCAGGACUGAUUUUGCCUGCCAUAACCCUGACCUUGCUGAUAGCAAACUACCCCUUGUUCCUGAGUCUAAAUCCCUCUAAGUGUCCUUCUGAGAUGUCUCACUGGCCCCAAGGAAAAAGUCCAGCCUUCUUGGCAUGCCAAUCAAACCCCCAUGCGCUCUGUCUAACCUCAUCAACCCUACUGCCUCCUACAUCUUUAAUGCCAGUGUGGCCUGCCUCAGAUCCACCAUGAGACUCUUUCUGAACAUUAGUAGGUUAAAGGCUCUGGCAAGUCCUGCAAGUAAAGCGAUCCGUUCAAUAUUGUUUAAUCCACAGCUUCCCAAAUGUACUUAAUGACAUUUUCCCCAAGAAAUGUUACAUAUAGCUGUCUUUGCCCAGUGCAGCCCAGUGCUUCUGCCUGUAAGGCCCACCAUCCCCCUCUCCACUCAGGAAAACCUUCCUCAUCCUUCAGGAUGCCACCUCAAGCCUCUCUCAGGGAAUGAGUAGCUUUCUCCCUUUGUCCUAGGCCCAUGUGGGCAUCAUUGCCCACUGUGAGCCCCUUGCUUGGAAAAAGUAUCUGUGAGUAAAUGAAUGAAUGAUGAUCCGGGGUCCUAUAUCGGUCAUUUCUCUGCCCUGACGAGACCAGGGUGGUAGCAAAGGCAGCAGAGAGCACAGCGGGAAGCAGAGGUGGGUGGCCCCGGGCUAUGCCUUCAUGCUGCUGCCCUGAAAAUCUCUAGGCUUUUAGACUCCGAGGCC